UUGUACGCUGUGCAGUACCGAUAAUUUUGUAUUGGUUUGCUUUUUGCAGUGGGGCGUUGUAAAUCAAAACCAGAAGAAAAAAUAUUAGAAAUGAUGAAAAUUUAGCAUGGGAUAUAGUGCUACAGCCUUCAGCAAAUUGUAUUCAACCUGGAAUCGUAUUGUUAUGCUAAAGAUGUUUUAAAGUGGUUGUUACAUUAUAACAAUCAGUAUUUGGCAUUUUGAAUUGAUUUCGAAGGAUAAUCCAAUUCUAAAAAUAAGUAAUGCCGGAGCAAAGUAAUGAUUAUCGUGUUGUAGUUUUUGGUGCGGGUGGCGUUGGAAAAAGUUCUCUUGUGCUUCGAUUUGUGAAAGGUACAUUCAGAGAAUCAUACAUACCCACCAUCGAGGAUACCUAUAGACAGGUAAUAAGCAGCAACAAGACAAUAUGCACAUUACAAAUAACUGAUACAACUGGAUCACAUCAGUUUCCUGCUAUGCAAAGAUUAUCAAUUAGCAAGGGACAUGCAUUUAUAUUGGUGUAUUCUGUGAGCAGUCGGCAGUCCUUAGAAGAACUUAAGCCAAUAUGGCAAACAAUAAAGGAAAUAAAAGGCACAGAGCUUCCAAAUAUACCAGUAAUGCUGGCAGGUAAUAAAUGUGAUGAGAGCCCAGAGAUAAGAGAAGUGUCCGCAUCAGAAGGGCAAGCCCAGGCUCAAACAUGGGGCAUCUCAUUCAUGGAGACAUCUGCUAAAACAAAUCACAAUGUCACACAACUUUUCCAGGAAUUGUUGAACAUGGAGAAAAACAGAAAUGUGUCACUUCAAGUGGAUGGUAAAGGCAAAAAAAAGAAAGACAAAGGAUCAAAAGAUGGGGGUGAAGCAUCUGCCAGUGGAAGAGAGAAAUGUAGGAUAAUGUAAAUAUGAAACACUCCAAUAAUAUCUAAUCCCACCAAUCGUAUAACAAUAAUUGCUAGUCAUUUUGAUCCUAGUCAUUAAAUCCAUGUCCCAGCUAAGUUAUUUACCAAAUAUAGAUUGUAAGUAAUGCCCAUAUCGCAUAUAAGCAAGAAGCAUGCAAAAUGUAGUAUAGUAAUUACAAUGCCUUUUAAAUAAACUUAGUUCCCACUGUGAUGGAGCUUAGAAAUCAUUGAAAACCUACAUGUUUUGCUAAUUGUUAGUUACUAAUUAUUUAAUAAUGACUGACACAACAAAGAGAUGAGGAACAUUCCAUAAUGUUAGUGUGAAAAUACAACGAAAUUAAGUCUUAUAGGACUUACUGUUAAAGAAUUAUACAUACUGAGCUGUUAUAUAAAACAAUAUUGCCUAUGAAACACAUUCAUAAUGUGGCCAGCUUUUUAUUAUUCAUUACACACUUAUCAAAUAAGUAAAUAAGUAGUUUUCAUGUAUUGUACAUGGUUUUAAUUUUUAACGAUUAAAUUAUCAGCAUAAAUAUUGUUAUCGAGAUUAAACCAGUUUGGUGGACAUUGUUUGGUGGGUGUUGUUGAUAAUGGGUAAUGUCAUUAUGGGAUGUUUAUGCAGUGCCAAAUAGUAGCAGCUACAUAGGAGCCUUUAGUUCAAAUUCCUUUAUUUGAAAGUCAUAUUGGAAAUAAGUAUGUUCUCCAGAAUGUAGCAAUUUGACAUCAUUGCAAAAUGGUAUAUGCUUACUCACUUGGCUUUGUCACUAUUUGCUAGAAAACUUCAAUCAACUUGAUAGAUGUAGCAUAAUGAGCUACUACAAUUUAACACAUUCCAUAAAUUGUGAUUUAAUCCCUAUAAACAUAGAAUAAGCACUGUAUUAAAAAUAUUUGACAAUAUAUACUUACAUAGGUACUGUAGCAUAUUCACAAUAUAAUCUCGCGGUGACAUUAUCGAUUUUGAUUAUAUGUAGUAUUUUUUGUUAUUGUAUAUGUUUACAGUUAAAUACUUAUCUAGUCAUUAUUAUAUAAAAAUAAUAGCUAUCGCUAGUUAAUUAAUGCACUUUAUUUAAUAUCACUCACAUAUCCAGUUAUAUAGAUUUGUCCACGACGUAUAUAAGUAUUUAGUCGAUUAUUAUUGUACAAAUAAUAUAUUUUGAAUUAUGUGUAUGCAUGAAAUGUAAAGUUGCUAACUUGAUAGUGCAGCAAAUCGAAAGAAUUACGUCUUGGGUUAAAUUAGACCAAACUUUUGUUCUGAUUAGAUUGAUCUGAUUUCCUUCUGCAUAAUUUUACUAAAGAUAUUUUCGAAUUCUGUUUGCAGUCACUGUAGCCAUUUAGGCCAAGAUAUUCCUUGUUUUGCGAAAGUAAAAUUUACAUAAUGGUUAUAGUACAUUAAGUUUAGCCUGUGAUGUACCUAUUUUAAAUGUUCUUUUAGUCAAAUGAAACUAUAAUAAAAAUGUUCAGUCACAGCAAGUGUUAACUGGGAUGCAAUGUUUGAAAAAAAAUGGUCAAGUACUAAACCAGUAAAAUGAUUUAAAAGAUAAUAAUGUUAUAUUAUUUAACAUAUGUGAUUGUUUCGAAUCAGUACUAAAUCAUAAGCUUAUUAUUAAUGUUAUAUUCUGUUUGAAUGUAUAUCUAAUGACAUUUCAAUAUUGUGCACAUAAGUUGAUAAUGUAUUUGCACGUUUACUUACGAAUAUUUGCUUAUUGGCAGAAUCUAUAAAGUAUCGUAUUUAUAGAGAUAAAAUUGUUGAACACUGAAUUGUUAUAGCUGGACCAAAGUUGUUUCGUGUUGAUUGACGUAAGUUAACAGUGUAGUAAGUGUACUUGUCUAUUUUUCGUACUCUUGUCUUUUCAACUAUCCUAAUUUUCUAUACACUUGGUACAGUUCGCGCCAAAUAAGUUUGCAUCUCUGAAGUUAGCUAAUUGAUUCCUUGCGUUUUCGAGUAACAUUCCUUGUCUUAUGUUGGCUACUAGUGACUUCUCUAUAUAAAAAAAAAAAUACGAUAAAACACUAGUGCGCCUCCGUGAGGCCGCAAAUAGUUAACUUCAGAGACGCAAAAUUAUUUGGUGCGAAGUUUAAUUGCAAUGAACGCUAUACUGGGUACAAGAUCUGUAUACGUGCAACAAAUGUAAUCUUGUCUUUCAUCUAUAAAUAUAUAGGGUGCAUAUAUGAAUUUCUCAGUAUGCAAGAUUUUUUUUUGAACUGAUUUGUUUUUAGAAAUGCCUCUAUCAAAUUACUAUUUUCUUUGUCACUGAUUACUAUCUCUUUUACUGUAAAGCACUUUAAUUGGUGUUAAGAUUUGCAAAUGAGAUGGGUACUAAAUAGCACCGGCUUUUCUGAAAUGUGAGCUUUAAUAGCUCUUAUUUAAUUUUGUCAAUCAUAGGACACAGAAAGCAUAGUGACCCCUGUGAAUAUAAUUACAGCUUUACUUAAAGGACAUAAAAACAUAUAUUUAUAAUAAAUAGAUUAUUCUCCUUCUUUCGCCCUGUACGAACUAUAUUUGGAAUAUUUGUUGAUAUGUAUGUCUAAAAUGCUAGGUUGGGUUAGAUGUAGAGUAAUUUGUAGUGGAGUUUCGCCAACAGCUUAAAAUUAAAUCACUAGCCUAGUAUGAACAUAAUUGUGAAGUCGAAUUAACAGAUCCCUUGCCAUUUUCUAUGACUUGUAAGGUAAAUGGCGCUUCAAAGAGCAGUAUGUAGGUACUCGUCCAUUUGGAGGGUACCUAUAAAAAUAUUUGAAUUUUUUGAUGCUUCCAGUGGCUUAAGCUCUAUGUUUGACCACUGGGUCUAUCUUUUUACCUUCCAAUUUUCAUGAAUUUAAAUUCUCUUGACUCUGAAGUUUCAAUAAACUGUACCGUCUUUAGAUAUCUACAUAAAUUUAAAUAGCAUGACUAAAGUAUGGAUUUAGGAAUCGUAGUUCUGGUAGCUAGAUUUUAGUGAAGUUCUAUAAUCAACGAAGGAUCAACAUAGUAUAAUCAAAAAUAGUGUUUUAUAUUGUAAAGGUACAUUGAGUGAAUGGUAACAUGAACGAAUUCCAUCAUUACUGUAUACUACCUGGAAGAGUCAGCCAUAAAUGAAAUUAAGCUCGAGUUACAUUUUAGCACUUGCUUUUAGUUAGGAUGACGUAACAUCAGAACGUAUUAUAGAUUUUUUGAUACAAGUUUCUACAUUAUAAUUACUGCAAAUAAAAUAUUACGUUUCUUAUAACAUUGCUGGCUUCGUCUGCUCUUCUCCUUAUCUUCGAAAAUGGUGCCCAAUGUAUGACACGGCAAUAAUAAUAUAGGAAGUAGGUAAUAGGAUAAUUAUCAGCAUCCCUUUUGCAAUCUAACCGAUUAUAUUUAGAACGCAUAGAAAUCCAAAAUUUUACUAGAAGUAUGACUUUAAACCUAGUUCAAGUAUUGCUUAAGUUAUCUGGUAAUUAUUAUUUUGACUAUAGUUUGACGAUUUUUAUUCGUGCAACUUUGUUACCAGUUGAGUACCUACAUCAUUCACUGAAUACUUUGGGUUACAUUAAAUUUUAGGGUAGUCGGAUAGAAGCACCUCAUUUCGUUCAAAUUUAGUUGGGGUUGGUCAGAGUAAACUGAUACGUUUCCUGGUCACCCCGACGGAGGUCGAUGUUCUAGUCAAAUUGUACAUAUUGUAUUGUUUUGUUUUAAUGUUAUAUUAUACUGAGGUUGCGAAUGUUUGUUGACCAAAAGCAGUGUAGGUGGUAAGCGUCUAUUUAAAAUCAAGACUAGAAAUUGCUUAAUAUCUUCUUAAUACCGUAAAGAUUAUUUAUGCUUAUAUGUUUCCAAUUAUGUAUUUAAAUAUUUUAAAUUGAUCUUGUUUGUGACACUUCUCACUAAGGCAUCACGAAAAUAAAAAAAAUAAACAAA